GGCCGUAAACCAUUAUCCCAAAUUGAAUUGAAUUGGAUAAUCAACCUAAUUUCACCCCCAAAAUUUCAGGUUGCGUAAGAGAGAUGAAAUUAUGGUUCGGCAAAUGGACAGCCAUUGCUAAAGAAUCAGUCGAUCGAGCUGCCAUUUUCGCCAAAUUCCUCUGUUUGCUUCACGUCACCAAUACUUACAUAUUCUCCCCUACCCUCGUUUAUGGCCCAAGUAUGCUGCCGACGUUGAAUUUGACUGGCGACGUGAUAUUAUCGGAAUACAUUUCACAUAGGCUAGGGAAGGUAGGUCCGGGUGACGUUGUGUUGAUACAAUCACCUGAAAACCCUAGAAAAACUAUUACAAAACGCAUUGUGGCCAUGGAAGGGGAAGUUGUUUCGUUCUUAGUUGAUCCUAGCCGCAGCGAAAAAUCUCGUACUGUAGUGGUGCCGAAGGGACAUGUAUGGAUUCAAGGGGAUAACAUUUAUGCAUCCAAAGAUUCUCGGAACUUUGGUCCAAUUCCUUAUGGCCUAAUUCAGGGCAAAGUUUUGUGUAGAGUGUGGCCAGUAGACUGUUUUGGAUCGUUAUGACAUGAAAAUCAGCUUGAAGAAUCAGUGCACCAUAUUGAUGAUGUUUGUUUGUUUCAUAAGUUUUCUUAAUGUAUCAUAUUAACAACAUUUCAAUAAGACGUAUUCCCUACAAUGACCAUAUUUUGAAGCAGCAUACUAGCAUGUAAGCACAAAACCAUAUUUUUCUGAACUUAUACAAAAUAACCAAAACUAUGGCGAAUUUGAGC